AUGCCAGUUUCAAUGGAUUCUUUAAAAAAAAAAGUUUGCGUUACUGUUUUUCUCGAUGAACUUUUCGAAGAAAUCAAAAUGGUUGAUGAUUUUAAAAAUGAUUCGGAACGGAAAGGAAUGCAAAGGAGUAAAGAGGACAUUUUAAAAUCAUCGGAAUUUAAUAAAAGAAAUCCAAAUGAUAUAUUAAUACGUUCGAACGUUCGUCAAAAUGUAUCCAAGGGUACGGGGAGACCGAGAAAACAAAGGCGCGAAUCGAAAUUUUUAAGAAAUUCCUGUCAGUUAUUGAGAAACAUAAAAGAUUAUAAAAAAAAAUUAAUAUACAGCAGUUCGGAUCACGUGAGAGGAUCGAAAAGUGAAAAAAAACCGUUCGAAUCCGCAUUCAGUCAAAGCGACAUAGACGACAUAAUUAAUAAAAAACGUUUUAAAAAAAAUGAAUCCGAUGCGAACGUCCACGAAUUAAACGGGGGGCUAAGAAGGAAGACAAAAAAAAACGUUUUGCCGUCGAAUAUCAUUUGCUACGCAAUCAACACGGAAAAAAUAACGGAUAAAUUAGACGGGGGGGGGAUAUCGAAUAACGCAUUUUUGAUUCGCAGAGAAGAAUUCGUACAAGAACGUAAAAGUGAUUUGAACGAUUGUAAUAGUUUAUUGAUUAAUACCGAUAAGGAAAAUCAAUCGUUGGAUAAUAUCAAUUGGGAACAAACGGAAUACCAAGUGCAAAAAAUAUUAUCGAAUGCUAAAAAAUUAUAUCAUCACGCGGACGAAAGCGAAGAUGUCGAAGAAGUCAAUUCGUACGAUUUGAAAUUAAUAUUGAAAGAAUUGGAAAAAAAUGAUAAAAAUUUCACGGGUAUCAAUUCGGAUAAAUCAACGAGUAAAAGUUUUUGUUCAAUUGAUGUCAACGUGAAUGAUUCUCUAAGUAAUUCCGAUACUUAUUCUAGAAUAUUCCCGUUGAAUUCGUCAAAAGCUGCGACGAUAACAACGACGUAUCAAGUGAAAAAAAAAUUUACUAAAAAAAUCGAUAAAGAUUUUUUAUUCGAAUCUGAUUUUUCCGAUUAUGAUAAUUUAUAUGAUUUUACAAUAUUUAAUUACGAUACGAAUGAAAAGGUUGAUAAAAAAGGAUUUGAAAAUAAUAAUAAUAAUGUUGGAACGGAAGACGAUGAAGAGGAUGAAGAUGAUGAUGAUGAGGAGGAUGAUGAGGAUGAAGAUGAGAAUGACGUCAUUGUAUGUAAUAAGAAUGAUAAUGAUAAAGGUACGGAUACCGAAUCGUCAUCAGUCUCUUGCGAAACAAUAAAAAAUAAUUUAAAUGAAAAAAUUGAAACAACGACAACGACAACAAUGAAUUACUCGACAAAUUCUUGCCACCAUUUAAACAAUCAAUUAAACAACAAUUGUUUUACAAUGACAAGUGGAAAAAGGGAAAAGUCAGAAGAGGUCAAAAUCGAUUUGGAUCGAGUUCCCCUAUCAGAAAUAAAUAAUAAAAAAAUUAUUGAUAAAACCGAUUGCGAAAAAUAUAAAACGAAUUCUACGAUGGAUAUUUGUUGUUUAAAAUCCAGCCACGAUUUGUUUGUUCGUCAAGGCGCCAUUAAAAAAACGAGCGACGAAAUAAAAAUGACGAAAAAUGAAAAAAUGGGAAAGCGAAACAGGAGGAAAAAAUUAAAAGGAAAUAAUUCUGACGUUAUUCUGUUGAAAAAAUCAAAAGAAAGAAAAAAUUUAAUAACGUCCGAUGCGGAUUCUGAAAUCAUGUUCACGGAUUUUCGUUUCAAAAAUAAAAAAAAAGAAAGCGUUGAAAUAUUCGAAUUCGAAGAUGAUUUGACUCAUGGGACACCAUUGAAAAGAAUAAAAACGGUACAAAUAUUAAGUCAACAUUCUUAUUACGAUCUUGGAAGCAUAAGUGCGGAAAUAAUAUUAGUUUGUGAAAACAUGAGCGAAAAUGGGAUUUCCGUGGAAGCUUGGCAAAGCAGUUGUUCAUCGUUAAACAGCGUCCCGGAAAUGAAACAUUGUUUAUUAAAAAAUUCGGAAAAUAAAAGGGAAAAAAAACAGGGAAAUUUUUCGUAUUUUGGUGAAAAAAAUUCAUUGUCGUAA